AUGGCCGUGUCGACGGAGCUGCCGGAGGCCGGGUCCCCGCAGGGGACGGAGGCGACGGCGCCGCCUCCUCCCGGCCUGCGGUACAACUCGCCGCUGGUCCAGGUGUCGCUGAUCGGGCUGGUGUGCUUCUGCUGCCCGGGCAUGUUCAACGCGCUGUCCGGGCUGGGCGGAGGCGGGCAGUUCGACCACACCACGGCCGACAACGCCAACACGGCGCUCUACGCCUGCUUCGCCGUCUUCGGCGUCCUCGGCGGCGCCACCCACAACCUGCUCGGCCCGCGCCUCACGCUGCUCCUGGGCUCCCUCACCUACCCGCUCUACGCCGCCUCCUUCCUCUACUACAACCACCACAAGUCCCAGACGUUCCCCAUCACGGCGGGCGCCCUCCUCGGCGCCGGCGCGGGCCUGCUCUGGGCGGCGCAGGGCGCCAUCAUGACCUCGUACCCGCCGCCCAACCGCCGGGGCAGCUACAUCUCGCUCUUCUGGUGCCUCUUCAACCUGGGCGGCGUCCUGGGGGGGCUCCUCCCCUUCUCCUUCAACUACAGCCGCACCGACGCCGGCAGCGUGAACGACGCCACCUACGGGGCCUUCAUCGGCUUCAUGCUCCUGGGCGCGGCGCUCACCUUCCUCGUCCUCCCGCCCGCCAAGAUCGUCCGCGACGACGGCACGCGCGCCACCAGGGUCACCUACUCCUCCGUGUCCACCGAGGGGUGGGAGAUCCUCAAGCUCUUCACCAACUGGAAGAUGCUGCUCAUCCUGCCGGCCGCAUGGGCCAGCAACUUCUUCUAUACCUACCAGUUCAACAACGUCAAUGGCCUCCUCUUCACGCUCCGGACCAAGGGCCUCAACAACGUCUUCUACUGGGGCGCGCAGAUGAUCGGCUCCGCCGGCAUCGGAUACUUCCUCGACUUCGGCUUCGCCAGCCGCAGGAAGCGGGGCCUCAUGGGCGUCGCCGCCGUCGCCCUGCUCGGCACCGCCAUCUGGGCCGGCGGCCUCGCAAACCAGCUCACGUACCUCGACGGCGAGUUCCCCGACAAGAUCGACUUCAAGGAGGGCCGCCGCUACGCCGGCCCGUUCCUGCUCUACUUCAGCUACGGCCUCAUGGACGCCAUCUUCCAGAGCCUCAUCUACUGGAUCAUCGGCGCACUCGCAAACGACUCACAGAUCCUCAGCAGAUACGUUGGGUUCUACAAGGGGGUUCAGAGCGCAGGAGCAGCCGUGGCAUGGCAGGUCGACACCCACAAGACGUCUCUGCUGUCGCAGCUGAUCGUCAACUGGGGGCUGUGCACCGUCAGCUACCCGCUGCUCGCCGUCCUGGUGCUCCUGGCCGUGAAGGACGAGGACUACUCCGUGUCCAACGUCGACGACGGCGGCAAGGAGAAAGAGACCAAGAUGGCCGCGCCGUCAAGCUUCCACUGA